GGCAAACCAUACUCCUUGUCGUGUAAUAUUUCACAAAAUUUCGUGUAAUGCGGUUGGUUUUACAUCCAUUCAUGAAAUUGGUAAAUAUUAAGGAGUUCGACUGUAGAACGCAAAGGAUAUAUUUCAUUACAUCAUAAAGAGGUGUGAGCAGUAAGCAUCUUUGAUGGAGGGGCAGCAUUGGUCUACUACUGGCUGGACGUUUGGGGACCGCCUUAAUGUCCAGAGAUUGCAUUCUGUCUGCCCCUACCCAGACUGGCCAAAUGUUGGGCCAACCCUAGUGUUUGAGAAUGAUAACAUCAUUGGUGAGCAGCAGCCCUCAUCUUGCAAGUUGAAUAGUUAUAGGUUCCAGAGUUCGAAAAGCAUUGGAGGAGCCUUUCCAUUGAAGAAAACGUUCAGCUUUGCAUACCCAUUGUCAUUUCCAAAUAAUGCUGGAAAUUCAGCAGACUUCUGGAAUAAUGUGGCAGUGGAACAGUAUAGAGGGAACUGUUUGGAUGUUUUUGAGAUGGGUGAAGAGAUGGCUGUUGUUUAUCCAGAAGACAAAAAUUAUGGGAUUAAUAUCUACAGGCUGGAAAGUGGAAGUAACAUAAUUGAAAAUGAUGUUUCAAAUAACCAUGUAUUUUACAGAUUAGAGAAGCAUGCAGGGUACAUUUCUCCAUUUCCUGCAUAUCAGAUUGUAGCUAAGUAUGUAAACAAUACUGCUUAUGUUCUCACAAGAUCUGAUAAGCAAACUGGUGUUUUUUCUUUAAGUGGGAAUUCCAGCAAGGGAAAACUCUAUCAAAGAGUUUGUAGUAAAGCAUCUACUCUAACUGGGGCUGACAUCAGUGAUGUUCUACCAGGUUAUUAUACAGUAGCGUCAGAAAAUGGUAGAGUGUUUGUAAAGGAUGUUGGUUCUAAGAGUUCAGAUGUAAUAUGGGAAUGCAGUUUUCAAGAUGAAAUGACAUCUAAAAAAUGUUCAUUCCAUUGUGAGUUUGGAAGGCAUCCACUUUCUGUUCUUGUUAAUAAUAAGUCUUCAUUAUGGUUAUGUGAUACUCGAAUUAGUGGACAGACUUCUAAUAGUUGUAAGAGACUUUUACUAAAUACUGACUGUAUGAAGAAAUUUACAUCAGGAACAGAUGAAAUUAGGGUUUUUUCACAAUGCGAUGGUUUGCCAUACUUGUAUGUUAUAACUUCAAAAGGUGUGCUUGUGUAUGAUGAAAGAUAUAAUAAAACUCCAAAUAUGAUGUGGCAACAUAGGUUAAGAAAUGCCCCAUCAUUUGUAACUAAGCAGAAAUUUGGUGAUUCUGAAGCUCUUAUGCUUUCAGGAAAAGAAAAUAAUGAAGUGUGCAUAAUACUGAAUGACUGGGUUCACAGUGGUUCUUCCUCAUGGUGCAGGAGUAAGAGUCUUCCAAAACAUUUUAACAUAGCCCAGGACACAAUAAAUUUUACACAUUCAGAAGAAAUAUCGAUCACACAUGAAGCUUAUGACCAUGUCUCCAGUAAUUGCAUUGGGUUAGCUUCAUUCAAACCUUCAAAAAAUGAAAAUGAAAUGUGUCUUCUUAACCUGAACAAAUAUGGAGAUGUCUUUUCACAACAUUUCAAACUUUCAGAAAGUAGUGAUGACAUAGUUAACAAGGAGGACAUAGAGAUUGGCAAAAAAAUUUUAAGCAGUUGGCAGGAUCAUGUAAAUUCAACUGUAGAGAAAGCAGAGCAACAGCAGUAUAUUGAGGGAUCUCAAUUUUUACAGAAGCUGGUUAAAAGAGACAGUGUUAUUGCCACCAGCUUAUGUGAAAUGUUCAUGGGACUUCCAGACUUUGCAAUUGAUGAAGAGGAAUGUACUAAUGAAAGUACCUCAGAAAAUAUUUGGGACCUACGAUUAAAUAUAAAAAAAGUAAAGAAAGGCAAGCAGUCCCAACUGAAACAGAGAGAAUGGUUACAGAGCUUUGUAGAUGAAUACCUUAUAGAUGAUUCUGUGAAAUGUAAAAAUAAAAUAUCACCUACAAAAAAGCACAAACAGAUAGAUAGAUAUUUUCCAAGAAAAAUUGCAGAUGCUCAGAAAACUGAUUUUAGCAAUGCACCCAAAGACUCUUUAACCACAAAACUUUUCACUGUAUGGACUGAGAAUAUCCCUGCUAGACGAGGCUUUCAUUAUCACACUGCCCCUCUUGCUUUCAAGAGAAUGAGUCACAUUCCAGUAAAGAUGAAGCACCUGGUGCCUCUUGAGAGUAAUGAUUUGGACUUUGAAGAUAUGUAUGAGUCAUCUGCAGAAAGUGUUGAUGAACCAUUGUAUACUUCACAGGCUGCGUUGGAUGACUCGCAGCAUUUCCAAGUCUCCCAAUUAUUAUCACAGCAAAUUAUGAAAAUACAAAAGAAGAAAGCCAAAAAGAGGCGAAUUGAUGGAUUUUAAAUUUUUGUAUGUUACUUUUGUAUGUACUUAUGUAUUAAGAGAAAAUUUCAUAUACUGCUUAUGUUUGUCAACAUAAUUCUACAAUAUUUAUUUGAUACAUGUGUAUUUAUUUUCCAUAGGAGAAUGAAAAUGGUUUUUUUAAUCUUGUAUACUGUAAAAUCAAGAAAUUAAAUGUUAAAAUAUACCCUAGAUAUUAUCACUAGUGAUAAUAAAAAUCCAGUAUUUGGACACAGAAAUAAAGUUCAGAAGACUGUAGUGGCAGUGAUCAUAUUUUGUGAUGGUGGAGCUCAAAACUAAUUGUAACAGAUGGAUUAAUGUGUAUAUGAUCUCACUUGAAGGCAUCACUAACAUGUAAAAUAGGUGAAAGCACUAUAGAAAUGUAUAUGGAUUUGGAGAUAAUAAGUGUUCAUAUUUAUUUAUUUGUCCUUAUCUACUAUCCUGUUGAUUAGAAUCACAGGUCUGGUAUUUAAGAAAUGGUAUCAGUGAAGAAUUAACAUCAUAAACAGUAUCAUCUGUUAGCACUUUUUUCUUUCUUUCUUUCUUUUCUUUACUUCUCUUUUUAUCUCACACAAUUCAAGUGUUUGUCAAUUUAUUGAGGACGGUAAGUCUCCUUAUUAAUGUAUGUGUCUGGAUAAUUGUAAUAAAAUAUUUUUACAUAUUAAAAA